AUGUUGCAAGUGUCGCGAGCUUCGGGGGAGUGCGUGGUGGAGUUCACAGCCGAUGAGAUUCGCCGGAUGCGAGAUCAAGGUAGCCUGGCCAGGGCCGUAAGAAGCCGGGUUCAAGAACGAAUCGGCUCCACACACGAGGUCAGGCUGCUCUACAAUGGCGCCGUUGUCUCGGACAGAACUGAAAUUAAUCUGCCUGCAUGUUUGGACAUGGUGGUUUUGGAUUGGGAACUCCCCAGUGAAGAGCAGCUCGCUGGAAUCAAGGUGGCAGUUGCGAGGGACAACAUCAACGCCUUGCAAAGGCUGUUCAGUACUUCCUACUAUCCAAAUCUGCUCGUCGACGAUUCAAGGACAGCCUUGCACAUCGCCGCCACACACGGCAGCGUGAGGUGUGCGCUCUUUCUGAUCCGUCAAGCUGCUGACGUAAACGCGCCCAGGGCCAACUCCACCGAUGGCACACCCCUGCAUCUUGCCGUGGAGCAUGGCCAAAGCAUGGUUGCCCAUGUUCUCAUGGACGCAGGAGCAGACAAGGAUGCACCCUUUGCCUCUGGAGACACCCCAGUGACUUUCGCGAUUAGCAACGACUUUGAGAACCUUGCCAUGUUGCUCCUCGAGGAAGGCGCUAGCAAGAGCAAAACUGGCAGCUGGAGUGAGACACCUCUGCUGAAGGCAGCAAAAGCAGGUCACUUGAAGGUUGUCCGGUUUCUGGCCGAUGCUGGCUUGGACCUGGACACUGAUGCACCUUUACUUCGUGCCCUCGAGCACAAGCGGUUUGCAGUCGCCCAGUUCCUCCUCGAAGCCAGGGCGAACCCACACCUUCCCCAUCCACUCCUCGGCUGGACUCCCUUGCACCUGGCAUGCGCUCACGGGCACGAUGACCUGGUCCAUCACCUGCAGGCACAGCGGGCAGACGCUCGUUUGAGAGACAGCAAAGACCGGACAGCCAUGCAUCGGGCGGUUGAGUCAGGUCACCUGUCGGUUGUAAACUCCUUGCUCGAGAGCAGCGCUUUGGACGAACAAGACCAACAAGGCGAGACUCCGCUGCACUGUGCCGUGAAGAAGUCCCAUCACGAUGUUGUCGCCUCGUUGCUCGCAGCAAGAGCAAGUGCAGAUACUGUCAACGCCACGGGCAGCACGCCUCUGCUAAGUGCCAUCAAGUGCGGAGAUCUGAGCAUGGUCCAGUCAUUGGUUGGAAAAAGCUGUGACGUUGAAGGGGCCAGUGCAAAGGGAUGGACGCCCAUGAGUUUGGCUGUGAGCAACUGCUCAUUCGAGAUUGCUUCCUUUCUGCUGGAGUCCAGGGCAAAUGUGGCGUCUCUAGAUUCCCAAGGUCGGCUGCCAGAUUUUCUAGAGUGGGCAGUGUCGUCUGGGCAAGUUGGGCCAGCGAGCUUGUUGCUGGAGUCUCGCGCAAGUCCAAACGGGCUCUGCAAAGACGGCCACACAUACCUUAGCUUCGCAUGUUCCAGCAACGACCUCGACCUGGUCGAUACGUUGCUGCGUGCCAAGGCAGAUGUAAACCAGGUGGACGACUGGAAUCCACGUGCCACACGGGAUGAUGCACCACCGAAAUCGGCGCCUUUGCAUCGGGCGUCGAGCUGUGGCCACCACCACAUUGUCGUGCGCCUGCUUGAAAGCGAUGCAGACACUGACAUGUUGGAUGGAGCUGGGUGGGGGCCUUUGCACUGGACAGCGCACACGAGGAGUUUAGAAUCGGCACAGUCCUUGCUUGAUGCACAGGCGUCAACAGAUUUGGAGAAUUUCGAUGGCCAGACGCCACUUUUCGUGGCCAUUGAAGCUUACAGCUUAGACAUGGUCCACUUGCUUCUGCAGAGCGGCGCGAACAAGAACAAGGCCACCAAGGAAGGGGCCACGCCCUUGCACUGGGCAGCCAUGCAUGGGUGCGGGCAGAUCGCGCGCUUCUUGGUGAUAUCGGGUGCCGAUAAGAACACAAGGGACGCUGAAGGCUGGACGCCCUAUGACUGGGCUUGCUACAACUACAGCGGCGACAAGGAACUUGCGAAUGCCCUGCGCUGA